AUGCGCUCGUACGUCGCUCUCUGCUUGCUCCUCGCUAUCGGCGCUUUCGUCGUCGACGCCAAGAAGGUCCGUUAUCCUCACCGUACUCACCAGGACUACUGUAAAACAGCUUUUUGUCACUUAAUCGGAUAAUUUUCAUAAAUGGCAAAGAUUUCUUCGUUUCGUGGUUUUUUCGGACCAUUUCAUUGUAAUAAAAAGAAGCGGUUCUAUCCAAACUACUGAGGUGGAACUGUAGACAGUGCUUUGAAUGUUACUUCGAACUCAUCCGUCUUCAGAAGGACGUCGAAGAUGAACUCGGCGACCUGCUGGACAACAUCGACGCCGCCGAGGAGUCCGAUGACACGCCGGUCAAGAAAGGUCCGUCUCUUAUUUCUCAAGUGUCAGCUGUUUCGCAAAAAAAAAAUUAGAAAUUGAAAAAUUGACCAAGGAAGUCUCCUUUGACAUUUGGCGAAAAAAAUGUUCGAUAGUAGUUGAAUUUAACUGUUUUGAAUAACUAUUUUGAAGUUUAUCGCAUAUUAAAAACCUGCGGUUUUUUUACUUAACAGUUUUUUUAUCUAUAUUAUUUUUUUCGAAAAAAAUUGAAUUUAUUUUCAAAAAAACACUUUUUUUGGGACUUACUAGUUAGUCUAACAAGUAGGGUUAUUUUCAAAUUUUUUUUUAUUUGAUAACUAAAUUUCUCAAAUAGUUUCAAUUUUCUGAAAAUCUUAACCACUCAAAUGAAUGAGAAAACUUUUAUUUCCGGUGUCAUCAUUUUCGAAAUUUCUCACUGUGAAAUCAAAAACAAAAAUUGUUUAGAAAUAGCUAUCAAGUGGAUUUAAUUUAUUGAAUUUACUUGAUUGAUUCCUUGCAAAACGUAGCUUUUCGAGACGUUCAAUUUUAGAUCCCACACAAAAGAUUUCAAAGGGUUUCUCGAAAACAAACUAUUUUGAAAGAUUCACUUAUUUUUGCAAACUUGCGGCUUGAGUAUAUGGGGUGACGCUGAAUUGUAACAGUUUUGUCGGUAGCUUUCAAGUUUCAAACGGUGGGUCUCCUGGCCACGUAAGAUUUAUAAUGGACGAGCGGCGAGGGAGAGCGACAGACGUUGCUCAACAGGCCGCCGUUGUAAUCCUGCAGCCGCACUUGUCGCUCAGAAGACCGAGCCAAGUGAUAAGUGCAUCGUUUUUUCAGAAACCGUGAAGAAUCCUUGCGAAGAUCACGCUUGCGGCUGGGGCAAGGAAUGCGUCGUCGGCAAGAAGGGCGAGCCCAUCUGCGAGUGCAUCUCCAAGUGUCCCGAGCUCGACGGAGACCCGAUGGACAAGGUCGGCGGCCAAUGAGACCAGAUCUCAUCAUCUGACAGAGUUGCCAGAAAAUAUGCAUUUAUCAAUAUUUUCCACAAAGAAACCAUCCAAAAACCCCCCAUUUGGCGCCUGUGCAAUUUCUUCAACUUAAAUCUUGUCUUAGGAUGUUUUGUCUUGUUGUUCCCUUUUCAAGGUGUGCACAGCCUUUCUUUGCGUUAUCUAUACUUUUUUUUAUUGGAAAAAGAAUUUUGAGAGUUGCUUCGAAGGAUCAGUUAAUAAUAGAAAGAUAUCUUAGUGUGCAUGAUUUCAAGGUAAGUACGAGUUCAAAACGAUUGUUUUUUUCUAGAAAUAUAUUUGUAGGAUUUCUAUGUAAGAGGUUCCAGAAAGAAAUUUGAAAUUGACAGGUCUGCGCCAACAACAACGAAACCUUCACCUCGCUCUGCGACCUUUACCGCGAACGAUGCCUCUGCAAGCGCAAGUCGAAGGAAUGCCAGAAGGGCGUCCACGCCAAGGCCCACCUCGAGUACCUCGGCGAGUGCAAGAAGCUCGACGAAUGCACCGACGAGCUCAUGGCUCAGUUCCCAGACCGUAUGGCUGACUGGCUCUUCCAGGUGACACUCUCCCUCAUGCAUUCCCUCUCAACUUGGUAAUCACAGGUCAUGAAGGAGCUGAAGAAGCGCCGUGAGCUGCACAAGCUCGAGUGGGAGGAACUGCUGCAGGAGGCCGAGAACGACGACGAGAAGCGUCACGUCUACCCCGUGAUCUGGAAGUUCUGCGAGCUCGACACCAAGCCGCACGACAAGGCCGUCUCGCACCACGAACUCAUCCCAAUCACCGCUCCAGUCAUCCCCAUGGAGUCGUGCAUCAAGCCUUUCCUCGAAGGCUGCGACGCCAACAACGACGGCAACAUCUCGAUCAAGGAAUGGGGCAAGUGCCUCGGACUCAAGGAGGGCGAGAUCCAGGAGCGUUGUUAG